AUGCCAGUGAACAUCUUCCAAGGCGGCGAAGACAGCGCGCUUGGAUUUGCGUCAUCCACGCGGGGCAUGAAGCGCACGCACGAUUUCGACCCGGACGACGACGGGGACACACCACGCAAAGGCUGGAAGCGACUCACAACCAAAGAAGAAGUCACGCUCUUCGAGAUUUGCAAUCGUAACGCAGACAGUUUCGGCCGACGCAGCGAUCUCUGUAAUUGGUGGAAGACCGUUGCGACAGAGUUCUCCCAUGCAAAUGGCCGUCCGUAUUCGUGGCACUCGGUGCGGAGGAAGGUGGAGAUGGUUACGAAGAAACGCAUCCAGUUCCUUGAGGAUCAACAACAGCGACAACGGGAUUUUUCGGGUGCGAAUGCGGUUCCUGAUGUGAUGAAUCCGCAGUGGUGUGCUGUGUUGGAUAUUUGGAUUCCGACUUGGCAGCAUUGGGAGGAAUCGGAGGCGCGACGGAUCGCGAAGAGGGAUACUAUGAAUCGCAGACGCUCGCGAAAUAAAGCGGAUGAUGUGUGGAGGCCACAGUCCGGGGCCGGUCCGGUGAUGGAUCCAGUUGAUCUGACAUCCCCUGCGAGUCCCGAUGAUACGGGCAUGGAGGCCAACGAUUCUUACGAGGGGCCCAUCGUUCUAGUGACGAGUAGUCCACAACCAUCAGCUGCCCCAACGGUAGCGCCUUCGAUUGGCAAGCCUUCUAUUCCCGCAUCAUCGUCAACCGGGGCUGUCAGGUUACCCCCAGGAUUCGACACAAUGUUUUCAAACAACAACCCCCAGCCCAACCGCUGGCCUCCAACUUUCGCACCAGCACCCAAAGCAACGGCCGAGUCACCAACGGAUAACCGCAUGGUCAGCGCAGUCCUCGAAACUCUCGGCAAGCUAAACAAACACCUCGAUGCAGCAUCAGGCAGUAAUGCUCCAGAUGCCCGCUCUUCACCAGUGAUAUCCGCCCUGCUGCAAUCAGCCACCGAUCCCACUGCUCAAAAUCAAGUUUUCUCAGAAGAGUCACAACAAACAGCCUCGAGUAACUCUUCCAGGGAUUUUGAGCAAAUGAAAGAAGAACUGCGGCAGGAGAUGAAAGAAGAAUUACGUCGAGAGAUGAGGGAAGAGUUGCGUCGAGAUCGGGCCGGGUUGGAAGAGAAGCUGGAUGCUGUUCAAAGAACACAGGAUAUGAUUCUAGAGAUGUUGAGACAGGAGCCGGCUUGA